GGAUUAUUUACUCUUUUCUUCGCUUCUUCUCUCUCUUCAACGACCGAAUAGAUAUACGUUCGUCUCUCUUUUCAAGUGCAGAGUGCAAGCAAAAUAAAAGCAGAUAAAAAAAUAGAUAUACAAAUUUGACAUUUGAGAUUGACAAUUUUUGUAAUAUUAAACAGCUCGAUAAAAAUAUUAGUAUGUGUUAGAAUCUAAUAUUGGUUUAAUAAAUGACAAAUUUGCUUAAAUCUGCGCAAACUCCUGUAUAAAAUUAGCGGGAGUCUUUCUGUAUACUAGAUCUUUUAAAUUACUUUGUUAAUUGCUUCAUCGAGAAAUGUUUUUUUUUUUUACAGAAUAACUGGUGAUUUAAUCCAUAAUAUUAUGAUAAAAAAAUAUAGUUUUUAUAUUUAUCAUCUUGAGAGAGGUUAAAUUGGAAUGUUGAAUUCGCGUAAUUAUAUAGUUAUUUUAGAAAAAUGUCUGAUAAAAAAUUAGCAAAUGGCAUUGUUGCCUUCAGUAAAGAGGAAUAUGAUGAUUAUCAAAAAUCCCUCUCGUCAAAAAAAGAAUGGCCUGGUAUUAAUGCCAGUUCUGGUUCACAAAUGACAUUAAAUACACCAAUGCUCAUUAUGGAAUUAUACAGAUUAGUACCUUAUAAAGAAGGCCGUUAUGUACAUUUUCAUCCAUUCAAUAUGCCUUAUAUUAAAGUACGUAAAAUUGAGCUAGUUGGAAUCGUUACGAAUGUUAAGCGCAAUGUCAAUCAUUUAUUUCUAACAAUUGAGGAUGGCACAGGAGUGGUGGAGAUUAAUUAUAAAUUAGAACAAUAUCUAUUUUCAUUGCAACAACGACAUGGAAUUGAUCAAAAAUAUAGGGACCAAGCAGAAAAUUUAAAGGAAACAGUAAUCAAAAAUUGUCCAAAGAAAUUUCCUGAGACACGUCCAAGGUUCUCCUAUCCAUGUAAUACGUCUUUACAAAAUAUAGCUAUCUUGGAGAAUAAGUGGUGGUUGGAGACAGACAGUGGUUUAUUAGGUAAAGAAGUCCAACCAUUUGAUUAUGUUUAUAUCAUUGGAUAUCCAUGUCUGGAUACAAAAUUUCAAAAGAUACCAGAACAAAUUACAACAGAAUUUAUUGAACAUGCAAAACUGACUGUGUUUGCAAUGUCUGUUGUAUGCAUUUCUGAAGAGACUUACAAUAAAAAAUUAUCUACAUGGAUAAGCAACACGAUUCGCCAAAGAUACAAAGAAAAUAUUGUGAAAAAAUAAUAUCUGCAAGAGAACUGUAAACUCUGAACUAUCUUAUUUUUAUGAUAGAUUAUUAUUGUAUGCACAUAUUUCUACUAAACAUUACAUAGAGUUAUAGAUGUAUAAAUUUUUAAUACAAUGUUAUUGAAUUCAAUGAAA